AUGUCGUUCACCCAAAUCCCUUUUCUACCCUUGGUCGAGGCAACACCGGAUGCCGCUACGCAACAGACGCUCUUGUCGGCGAUCGCUCGCAUCGCGCCCUUCCUGAUCGUCAGCUCCGCGCUCGAGUCAACGCUACCGCUGCUGCCGACCUCGGCCGAGUACUACGUCCUGCAGGACCAGUCUCUCACCGACGACGAGGUCUACGCCUUGCUCGACGCUGGAGCGCGCAAGAUCAUCUCCAAGGACCCGCAACUGCUCGGCAAGGUGCCCGCGAGCCGCUUCGUGUUGCACAUCGAGCAUGCGACCGCCUUCUCCCUCAACGAUCCCAGUGUCCUCAACGGCAUCUCGGGUGCUCUCCUUGAUACAACGACCUUUAACGAGAAUUUGCUCAAAUCUUUCCGUACCGCACUCGACAAGGCCGACUCGGAGCAGCGACGCAAGGAUCUAUUUGUCCUGUCGAUGGGCCGAGACACGACCUCGAUUUUGCACGAACCGGCCUCGCUCAAGCUCAUGUCCAAGACCGUUAAAGGAAUCUCCGUGCUUCCCCUGAACUUGCUUUCGACGACUCUCAACACGACUGCUGCACCCCGAGCGGAGAAUGGCAAAUUGAGCGUCACGAACCUCUUCACGAGCUUCCUGCGCACCGACCGAGAGGACGGGCUCUACCCGACCGUCCCCGUCUCGAUGGCUUCGGUCCCUUCUAACUUGGGUCUCGUCUACUCCUCGGCCGCCUCGAUCGCCAACACCAUCAUCUCCGGCAACGCCGUCUACUACUCUCGAUCUCGCCAGGGGCUGUGGAAGAAGGGCGAGACCUCGGGCGCGAUGCAGAUGGUCGAGCGAAUUCGACUCGACUGCGACGCCGAUGCGCUCGAGUUCCAGGUCCUCGAAACCGGUCCCGCCGGCGAAAAGGACGGCUUCUGCCACAUUCCCGACCAGACGUCCUGCUUCGGGUUGACGAACGGACUGUUCGGCCUCGAAGCGACGCUCAAGAACCGCGUUAAGGAUGCUCCGCAGGGGUCCUAUACCGCCCGAUUGUUCGCCGAGCCGGCUUUGCUCAAGGCCAAAAUCAUGGAGGAAGCCGGCGAGCUGUGUGCCGCCGAGUCUAAGGAGGACAUCGCGGCCGAAGCGGCGGAUUUGCUUUAUUUUGCUCUGGCCAAGUGUGUCGGUGCUGGUGUUGGACUGCGGGAGAUCAGCAAGGUGCUCGACCAGAGGAGUCUCAAGGUCACGCGGCGAAAGGGCGAUGCGAAGAAGGAGUGGGUUGACAAGCUCGGUCUCGACGGGAAGCAGGGCAAGGGCGUCGAUGGCGGUGUUGCUGCCGCAGCGGUCGAGCCCGCAGCCAAGGCGGCCACGAAUGGAGUACCCAAAGCUGUGAACGGAGAUGCGCCGACCGCCGAGGAGGAGGACUUGCGGUGUCAGACCUUCGACCUCGCGCAGGUUGAUGCAGAGGGCAAGGACAAGCUGCUCAAGCGACCCCUUGCUUCUUCGGCCGACAUGUUCUCGCUCGUUGGCCCCAUCCUCGACACGGUCCGCAAGGGCGGCGACGACGGCUUGCGGUCCCUCGUAGUCAAGUUCGAUCGAUGCGCUCCGGCAGAGGACAAGGCCUUUCCGCUCGUGCUCAAGGCGCCCUUCGCCGAGGAAUUGAUGCAGCUCGAUCCCAAGGUCAAGUCUGCGAUCGACCAGGCUCACCACAACAUCAAGGCGUUCCACCAAGCUCAGAUGGAUAAGGAGGCUCCGACACUCAAGGUCGAGACGAUGCCUGGAAUCGUUUGCUCCCGCUUCGCUCGACCAAUCGAGCGCGUCGGUCUUUACGUCCCCGGUGGAACGGCGAUCUUGCCCUCGACGGCUUUGAUGCUGGCCACCCCUGCUCAGGUUGCGAACUGCUCUCUCGCGGUCAUUGCGACCCCGCCACGACCGGAUGGUAGCGUCUCGCCCGAGAUCGUCUACAUCGCUUCAUUGACCGGUGUCGAUGCCAUCGUCAAGGCCGGAGGUGCCCACGCUGUCGCCUCGAUGGCAUACGGCACCGAGUCCGUUCCCAAGGUGGACAAGAUCUUUGGACCGGGCAACCAGUUUGUCACCGCGGCCAAGAUGUCAGUCUCGAUGGACUCUGAAGCCUGCUGCGCGAUCGACAUGCCCGCCGGCCCGUCCGAGGUGCUCGUCAUCGCCGACAAGCACGCCAACCCCGUCUUUGUCGCUUCGGACCUCUUGUCACAAGCCGAGCACGGUGCGGAUUCGCAAGUCAUUCUCCUCGCCAUCGAUAUCGACGACAAGGGUUUGGCUGCGAUCGAGAGCGAGAUCAAGGCGCAGGCGUUGGCUCUUCCUCGCGUCGACAUCAUCCGCAAGAGUAUCGCCCACUCGCUCAUCAUCAAGUGUUGCGAUGUCGACGAGGCGUUCAACUUCUCGAACGCCUACGCUCCUGAACAUCUCAUCUUGCAGAUCGAGAGCGCCAGCCAGUGUGUUGAUAAGGUCAACAACGCUGGCUCGGUCUUUGUCGGUGCAUACAGCCCCGAGAGGUGAGUCGUGAUUAUAAUCGACGUACGCUCCCCAAGGCUCCCCUUACUGAUAUGUUGCUCGCUUUGCAGUUGCGGUGACUAUGCUUCCGGCACAAACCACACUCUGCCCACUGCCGGAUGGUAAGUCGAACAAAAAGCACCAAGUGCACUGUCACCGAUUCGCUGACGCAGCAGUGCAUCCACACCACACCACAGGGCCAAGCAAUACUCUGGUGUUUCGACGCUCUCAUUCCUCAAGCACAUCACGACACAGGAAUUGACGCGCGAAGGUUUGGCCAAGCUCGGUCCCGUAGUCGAGACCUUGGCCGCGGCAGAAGGGUUGGACGCGCACAAGAUGGCGGUCACAUUACGAUUGCGUGCGAUGCAGGAAUCUGCUUAG